GGUCGCGACGGCCGGGGCGGGGCCCUGCUGCUGCUCCGGGGGACAGGCGGUGGCUGUCCGCACCAGCCAUGCCGAAUAAAAACAAGAAGGAGAAAGAAUCACCAAAAGCAGGGAAAAGUGGAAAAAGUUCAAAAGAAGGACAAGACAUAAUAGACUCAGAGAUUUCCAGCAGGAAAAACAGCCUUGUGGCCACCCCAUCAACAGUGUCUAGUAAAAUUAAAGUACCAGUGCCUCAGCCCAUAGUGAAGAAAGACAAGCGGCAAAAUUCCUCCCGGUUUAACGCCAGCAAUAACAGAGAACUUCAGAAACUACCGUCUUUAAAAGAUGUUCCUCCUGCUGAUCAAGAGAAGCUUUUUAUCCAGAAGUUACGUCAGUGUUGUGUCCUCUUUGACUUUGUUUCCGAUCCACUAAGUGACCUAAAGUGGAAGGAAGUAAAACGAGCUGCUUUAAGUGAAAUGGUAGAAUAUAUCACCCAUAAUCGGAAUGUGAUCACAGAGCCCAUUUACCCAGAAGUAGUCCAUAUGUUUGCAGUUAACAUGUUUCGAACAUUACCACCUUCCUCCAAUCCUACGGGAGCAGAAUUUGACCCCGAGGAAGACGAGCCCACAUUAGAAGCAGCCUGGCCUCAUCUACAGCUUGUUUAUGAAUUUUUCUUAAGAUUUUUAGAGUCUCCAGAUUUCCAACCUAAUAUAGCGAAGAAAUAUAUCGAUCAGAAGUUUGUAUUGCAGCUUUUAGAGCUCUUCGACAGUGAAGAUCCUCGAGAGAGAGAUUUUCUUAAAACUACCCUUCACAGAAUCUAUGGAAAAUUCUUAGGCUUAAGAGCUUACAUCAGGAAACAGAUAAAUAAUAUAUUUUAUAGGUUUAUUUAUGAAACAGAGCAUCACAACGGCAUAGCAGAGUUACUGGAAAUCCUGGGGAGUAUAAUUAAUGGAUUUGCCUUACCACUAAAAGAAGAGCACAAGAUUUUCUUACUGAAGGUGUUGCUACCUUUGCACAAAGUGAAAUCUCUGAGUGUCUACCAUCCACAGCUGGCAUACUGUGUUGUGCAGUUUUUAGAAAAGGACAGCACCCUCACUGAACCAGUGGUGAUGGCUCUUCUCAAAUACUGGCCAAAGACUCACAGUCCAAAAGAAGUCAUGUUCUUGAAUGAAUUAGAGGAGAUCUUAGACGUGAUCGAGCCGUCGGAGUUUGUGAAGAUCAUGGAGCCGCUCUUCCGGCAGCUGGCCAAAUGCGUGUCCAGCCCCCACUUCCAGGUGGCAGAGCGAGCGCUGUAUUACUGGAACAACGAGUACAUCAUGAGCCUGAUUAGCGACAACGCGGCAAAGAUCCUGCCCAUCAUGUUUCCUUCCUUGUACCGCAACUCCAAGACCCACUGGAACAAGACAAUACACGGCUUGAUCUACAACGCGCUGAAACUCUUCAUGGAGAUGAACCAGAAGCUGUUCGACGACUGUACCCAGCAGUUCAAAGCAGAGAAACUGAAAAGCUAAAAAUGAAGGAACGAGAAGAAGCGUGGGUUAAAAUAGAAAAUCUAGCCAAAGCAAACCCCCAGGUACUAAAAAGAGUAACGUGAAAACCUCCAGGGUGUUACUGAAUGUUUUUAUGAGCUGGGAACGUGGGGUCCUCGCGCGAGGGGCGGGGGGCGGUCUCACCAACCUUGUAUGUGGGAAUGUCUGCGAUAAACAUGCUUCUCGACUUCUGUACAAGUAACUGAUUUUUGCCCCACAAGGUUUUUACCACAGAAUUGAUUUUUUUUCCCUCCGCUUUUUCAACAAGAUCUAAAUCUUACCAAUAUACUGUGGUAAAAAGGAAACCAGGGUACAGCCUCUGUUUGGGGGCCAAGAUUGCAAUUUGCUUUCUCCCCACAAGUGUCAUAGACGCUGUCACUCAAGUGGUAUGUCCUUUCUUUUUAAUAUCAAAAUCAUUUGAAAAAAAAGAUUUGAAAUAGAUGAAGUACAAAGUUGGGUGGCCUUUUUCCUAAAACCAGGUUCCUGGAGGCUGAGCCUUUAAUUGUUGAAAAUUGCCUGACUUCUAUCAUGUCGGCCACUAACCCUUCCUCCUGACCUAGCUAGAAGCCUGCAGUGCGCUCUGGCAGGCGGGCGCACGUGGUGUGUCCCAUGGAGCUGCCAGCAGGUGCAGCGGCGCCCUGCAGAGUGCCCACCGUGGGCCGGCGUGCGGGAUUCUGAGCUGUGUGGUCUUGGGCGUCAUGUCCACUGGUCCCGAUGGACUGCAGCGCUGUCCAGCAGGUGCUCCUUCUGGUUCGGGGCCAGUCUGAAAAUCACGGGGGCGCGUCCCCGCCGCAGGCACGGUCCCCAGGCUGUCCUCCGCCUCCCAGAAAAGACGAGACGGUACUUUAGGAGAACCAUUCAGCUCCCUUUAGAGCCCUAAAGGGUUCGUGCAGGUGGGCUGAAUCCCAAGCAGUCCGCUUUUCCUGGGUGAGAGGUGUGCACAGGUCGUUCGCUAAGUCCGUGCUGCCGGUUUUUCAGUCUGACAUCACCUGAAAAGCGGUGCAUGAACAGAGGUUUAUUAAACGUAUGUGUUUGAUCUGUGUGACGUCUCGCUUGUACUUCCCUCAAGAAAACCACAUUCAGGAGACUUAAGCCUUCGGAAACUGGAAUGACUUUCUUAAGUGAGGUCCCAGUCCCCACGUAGAACAACCCAGCAGCGUCCCUUUUAUAGCCUCUGUUCUGUGCUCUUCACGGAAACGCUGUUGUGAGGUGACCCGUGCAGGCACACAGCUCCGGGCAUCUGCUGUAAGGAACAGAGUGUGUGGUUAAAAUACUGACAUUUGUUUUUAAGACACAGGAAAAGCGGGAAUCUGGGGCAGGUGGAGGCGGGCAGCCCUGCCUGACAGCCGCGUGCAGGGGGCCAGCCGGGACCCCGCCCCCCGCACCCGCCACCUCGACACCCUAAGACGCGUGAACCAUGCACAAGUCAGAGAGCCCACUUCUGUUUAUCUUACUGAGAUAGAGAAAUGAUCUCAUGGAAACCCGCACGAAGCCUUCCUGCCACAAACGGGAAAGAGCUGGUGGGUUGUGUAACCGGCGUGGCCUGGUUUUCGCUGCUGUGCAGUAACAGGUGUCCCUUCUGAAAUAGACACUGUUCUCGUCUCCCUCUUUCUGAGCUGCUCCUGAAUUGCUCGUACACGACGUUUUUACUCCUCUGGGCUGCUCUCUGCGGCGUCCCGGGCAGGCCCUGCCUGUGCUUGCCAGGCGCCAUGGUGACCGUGACGUUCAGGGCGCCAGGCUGACCGUCUCCCUGUUGAACCGUGUGAGUCACCCCCCGUGAAUCCCAUCUGCACGCGCAGUCCCCGGCGCCACGUCCCCCAAGGAAAAUACUUCCUGGGCUAGUAAUGUCUCAGAGCUGGAAGUAAGGCCUCGGGACUUGGUCUUCACUUGAGAGAGGAAAUCUUUUCCAAGUUCCAGUCACUGUGUGCCCUUUGUCACAACGACCGCAGGAGGCAGAGAGCUGUGUGGACUACAGCGUGUUUCUUGUUUCCGUCAUGGGAACAGUGGGGUCUUCGAGCCUGGCUCCCUGUCUCAGGUCUGCCUUCUUGAGGUAUGAGUUCAUUGCUUCUUCUGCAAGUCUGCCCCCUGAGCGGUGUCUGGAAGUCUCCCCGAGGCUCCCCUGCUCAGGACAUGCGCCGUCCGUCCUGCGAGGCUCAGGGAGUCGGCGGAGCCUCCCAAAUUUUCGGUCGCGUUUGUCGUGGCCGUUGUGGCAGUUCCGCUGAAGUUGUUGAAUACCAUGCGUGGUUUAAUUUGUUCAAGUCAUGGAAUACUGAGGCUUUCUCCCAUGAAUGUGUUUUCCUAGCCCUCCCUCAAGAGGCCGGGGAGCAGCUUAGUGCUUGCUUCUCCCUGACUUUGGUCGGAAUUGUGUGACGUGAAGACAGGCGCUUCUGUGAACCUCAGGUGCAGCCUUGGGCUCGGGGCUUGGGGCCCGGUUGGCCGCUUUCCCUUGAGCAGUGGGCGUCUCUGGGCGACAUGUGUGUUCCUUGACCCUGCCAUGGACUCCAGCCUCGACAGACAGUUUUAUCCCUAGUAGGAAUCCUCUCCUGCCGGGGCCUGCUCUGUGGCCCUCCCUUGGCUGGGACCAUUUUGUAACAUUCUCAUUCGUUCUUCUUUUCGCCCUGAGCCCCAGUGAGGACUGGCCGCGUGCCGCUCUCAGCACGGGCACGACGAGUCCUGUGCUUAGUUGUGCUUCUGGGAGCCCCUGGGGGCGCGGCACCGAGGAGACAGCCGCUUCCCUCGGCAGAUGGGCCCCAGCUGGGUGUCCUGAAUUGUGGAACCUUCCCGAGAUACAAAGAUGAGAGCAGGACACCGCUCCGAGGGGCUCAGGGAUCCAUGAGGGGAGCCAGAUGGAGGCAGAGAGAAUGCAUUCAGAUGGCCAGAUCGUAACACACACGGGGACAUGCUGGAGAGGAAGGCAGACAGGAGGUCUGCUUCCUGCCUCCACCUGGGACACAGAAAGCCACACUGGGGUGGCCGCAGUCACGGUGUCCCCAGCAAGAGGGCUGAACCCCUCACAGGGGAAGUCUCAGCCACCCAGUCUGGAUCUAGGGGAGGUUCUCAAGGCAGAGAGGGCAGAGGACGGAAGCCGGGUUGUUGAGCACAGGUGGACUGUUGGUGAAGAAGGAGGGGGGCUGGGUGUGGUCUGUGCUUGGGAGCAGCUGGAGAGGGGACAAAUGUGGGUGUUUAGCCCCGAGAACAGGUGCAGGUCUUAGAGUCCUGAAGAGCAAAGUGGCCUAAUCAGACUUGGAUUUCAGAAAGUUCUUUCUGGCAGCAACACGUCUGGUGCCUAGAAGGGGCGGCACCCAGGCACUCUCGCGUGUGUGGCCGUGGCGGCGUGGAUGGGAGUGGCAGGUGCCUGGACGCCAGUGGCAUGGGAAGGAGGAAGCCGGCCAAGCCGAGGCUCCACGGCCAUGGGCUUCCAGUGUGAAGCCCAGCUGUUGGGCAGAAGCGAGUCACGGAGUUUGGCUAGAGGGCUGAGACACGUGGCGUGUGGACGAAGGGGCGGAUGGAUAACAGCUCCAGGGAGUUAGAGCGUGGGGCAGGAGAGUGAGGUCGGCAGGUGCCAGCCUGGGCGGGGAGGGAGGCUGUGGGCAUGAAGAGCAGGUCAGGGGAGUGCGUGCACCCAGGCGCUGAGUGAGGCUGCCCGGAGGGUGCCGCCCACCAUCCCUCGGGCCCCAGGGACCAGGGGAGCCUCGGAGGGGAGGCCGCAGCCAACGUCCCAGUCCCAUCCGCUGCCACUGGGCCUGGAAGAGUAGAAGCGGGCUGGUUUCCGAGGCCCCGCGGGCACAGGCUGGUUUAACGGCCACCCCACGGGCUGCAGGAGAGGGCCCGGGGUGGGGGGGCACUGGAGGGAAGACUUGCCCCCGCCAGGACGCGAGCUUGCAGCCUGGGACCCGCGCCCAGAGAGUGACUGCGCGCUU